CCCGGCACAUUUUCUCACAGGGGCAAAGCAGCAACCACCGGAGGAGUUGACGCACCGUGAAUCAUAGAUGUCAUCAGGUUGCUACAAGUUUGAGCGACGGUCGUAACACGAGAGGACAAACUACAGCAACAUCGUGUAGCGUGAUAGAGAGUUUGUUUCACCGAUGCAGGAACAUCAUUAAGCGCUUAGUGAAUUGCUUCAGCGUGCCUCUGGUCUUCUGUCCGGCUGACCAAUGCUUCUGCAUCAGUUCAUGAACGGAGCUCUGGACGUCAUGCAUCCCACAUCGCUUCAGAAAGACACCACUUUUACCAAGAUCUUUGUCGGCGGGCUGCCCUACCACACGAACGAUGCCUCACUGAGAAAAUACUUCGAGGCCUUUGGAGACAUUGACGAGGCUGUGGUGAUAACGGACAGACAGACCGGUAAAUCCAGAGGAUACGGCUUUGUAACAAUGACAGACCGAGGAGCAGCUGAGAGAGCCUGCAAGGAUCCCAACCCCAUCAUAGAUGGCAGGAAGGCCAAUGUCAACCUGGCCUACCUGGGUGCCAAGCCACGUAGCAUACAGACAGGCAUAUCCAUCGGAGUGCAGCCCAUUCACCCAGCACUCAUCCAGAGGCAGUAUGGGUUGGCCCAGCAGUACGUCUACCCACAAGCCUUUGUGCAGCCCAGCCUGGUGCUGCCCACUCAGGUUUCCAGCUCUGUCAGCACCAGCCCCUACCUGGACUACAGCGCAGCCUACUCCCAGUACGCCCAGGCCGCCUUUGAGCAAUACCCAUACGCCGCCUCCCCUGCUGGCUUCCUGGGUUACAGCUACGCCACCAGCCCCACAGGCACCACCGGCCCAGCCACCGCCGCCACAGCCCCAGCCACCGUCCACCCCACCCUCCCCUCCGCCGCCGGCCCGGCCCCCACCUUCCUGCACUACGCCCCGCAGCAGCACAUCCAGCCCGACCGCAUGCAGUGAGCUGGGAAGGGAGCAGAGAAGAGGAGGUGUGGUACAGGUGGUGGAGGAGAGAGUAGUGGUCACAGAUCUUUGGACAGAGGAUGGCAAAAUGCCCUACGGGGUGACCUUGCUGUCAUCAGCAGGGGUUUUCAGGAAAAAGGGGUGGGACUUUUGCACUAUUCGAUCAGGAUGAGCCCUUUGCUCAUUGGUUAAAGGGUCAAGUGUGGGAGGGGGGUUGGAGGACUGUCAAGGUUCAGGUUGAGAAGCUAAACAGCAUAAAGUAUGUGGUCGCUUCCAAGGGCUUCCAGAAGCUGACACUUCAUUUUUUUAAUUAUUAUUAUUAUUAUUAUUAUUAUUAUUUGUAUCGUCCUUUAUUAUUGUAUUAAUGUCAUCGUCAAUGAUUGUUUGUAUGCCAUUAUUAUCAAUGUUAUCAUGUUUUUUGGCUCAAUCAGUGGAAGUUAUGUGUGUCCAUGGUACAUAUUGAUGUUCUGAGAGCUGUCUGGGACAUGUAACCUCCCGACUCCAGAGUAUCUGGGUUGGAUAUGACGGGCACUGCUGCUUUAAGACACUGGGGGACAGUCAGAGAUUGGGGGGCAAGGUAAAGACUGCAUAUCCUCCCAGCAUAUCUGUAGUCCCAUCCUUGUGCUACCCACAGUGAGGAAAAGCACUGCCCCAUGAACAAACCUCCAGAGGACAGCGAGAGAUUUCACCUCACAAAAUGGAAAGUUUCAGAAUACAGGACUGUGGGAGCUCCAUUGUUCUGAGACUGGACUGUGAUGUCAGGACUACACUUUUUUUAUUCUUUUAAUUAAAGAGGCCUUAAUGAAAAAAAAUAAAUAAAUAAAAAAGAGAACUAC